AAAAAUUAUUAAAUAUCCUCCUUAACUGCUGAGGAUCAGUAAGUAAGAUUUUGACUUCAACCAAUGAACGUAGUCGUUUAGACGAAUCAUCAUUACUUAUUGUUCGCACUAGCACUACAUUUGUCAUUGGACGUAUAAAUCAUCCUACAAAAGAGCUUCUCCCUGAAAAGGGAGAAUACUAUGAAUCGAUGUCCAAACAGAGAAAAGGUUCUUCUUAAUUUGAAGUGGUUUGUUAAUCGCUUUAUAAAGUCAUUUGAAUCUAAAUUGAUCCAAGCAAUCUCAUAUCCUUCAAACAGUUGUGUUCAAAGUCCUACUGGGUCUUCGAAUGUUUCAUCUCCGACUCUGUCAGCAUCAAAAGUGAAUAUUGUAAAUGAGAAUGGUUAUGGUGAUCUUCCUUCAUUUCGGCGGUUACUUGACCAACAAAUUAAAUGUGGUAAUAAACGUUUAAAAAAUGAAAAUUCUUACUCUUCUCGGGAUAUUAGUAAUGAAAUCAAAGAUCAAAAGCAGACAUAUCAUUCCCCACUAAUGAAAAUUCGUUCCUUAACUAACUCACCUUUGUUUCGUCGAUUGUCUUUCACUCUCAACAAUAAUAAACGUCAAUCUUUAUUGUCUCAAGAUGAAAAACUUGAUUUCAUUAAAAAUCAUUCUGAUUACGAUGAGCCGUGUGAGUUUGUAAGACGCAAGCCGAAAGUGCCUGAUAUUACUAUUACCAGAAAAUGUUACUCCAAUACACAGAGUCCUUCUUGUACACCAUUCGAACAAAAUGUUCCCAACAAAUACAGAGGCCCUUUAUUCCAACUUGCUGAAUUAACUACAGAAUCACAAAGAUUUUCAAGUUUGUCUGGUUUCGCACAACAGCUAUGCAUUAUUUAUGAAUAUCAGCUAGGUAUGCUGAGAAACUUGCCUUCAAUACAUGCUGCUGCGGACUAUGUGGCUGAUGUGGUUAUAAGAGCUAUUAAAUUGAAGAAGAUUUCAGGAUUAAAUUCUCGAAAUUUGACUCCAAUGAUCCUGUUUGAUACUGAUUGUCGACCAAGUACAUAUGGUAAAACUGUGAAAACUCUUCCUUUAACUGUUACCGGAGAACAGAUGUCAUGGAAGCUAGGUGAAAUGUGGACACUACCUGGAUUAAGACAUAACGAAGUUGGCGGUGAAAACUGUCAUAAUCUUAGUAUUGUAACGCAUUUUCUGUCUACAGUUACUCCAAAUGGAGAUUACAGUAGAUCUGAUAUCUAUGGUUAUAGAAAUUUGAUUUUACUGACUAAUGAGAAAAAUAUUGAAACUAUAAACAAUUCUAACUAUGAUGUUUACAACACCAACUAUCCAGAAUCUUUGCAAUUAAAAUCUGAAGUUUCUCAUAAUCAGAGAAUGAAUUCAUAUUUUAUUAUUUCUUCCUUUGAUUAUGUUACUAUUUCAAACAGUAAAAUUAAACCUGGAAAUAUUCCUGAUCCUCCAUCAUCAGACGAUUCAUUGAAUGACGAAAAAUUACAAAACAAUGAUAAUAAAAGUUCAUCACAAAGUAGUCCAGAAAGUAAAGCUAAAGAACCAUCUAAACGUAUUCAUUCAUCAAGUAGUAUAGCAAUGCUACGUCAACAUUUACAUCGUGCUUAUCGUCCUGUAUUUUUUCUUAUUUAUAAUCGUCCUAGUGUUAUUGAACAUUUAACAGAAUGUGAUUCAUUUGCAUCAUUUUGUAAACGGCAAGCUUUAAGUCCUGUUAUGUUUUUAAAUCAACCAACAACAUUAUUUGAUGCUAAACCAUAUCCAUGUAUUUAUCAAAAUUUCGAUUUGUUUAAAGUAUCCGUGGCUGGAUAUUUAUCACCAAAUGAAUGUGAUAUUUCAACAUAUGAUUCAACAUAUAGUAAUAAUCAUAAUAAUGACGAUAACAAUCAUACUACUAAUAUUACUACUACUACUAAUAAUAAUAAUGUUCAUAAUAAUCUUGUGAAUAAAAAUAACAUUUUAUCAUCAGAUUUCAUACAACAACAACAACAAAUUAAAGAAGGAUAUAAUAAUAAUAAUAAUGGUAAAAGUUUAAUGCAUUUUCCUUAUUUUACUUCACGUCGUAAUGUAGCAGCCUAUGAUAAUCUUGGAUUUGCUAGGUAAUUGAAAAAAAAUAUAUGAAAAUAAAUGUACAAAAAGAGGAAAAACCGAAACCAAUUCAUUCAUGCAAUUUGUUUUUUCAUUCUCGUUUUUUUUUCUAAAAAAAAAAAUCAAUAUGAUGUUAUGAUUAUUUUUUUCUAUUAUAAUUGGUUUUUCAUAUUGUAAAAAAAAACAGAGUAUUGUGAAGGGAAAAGCACAUAUAUUGAUAGAAAUAUUGUUAUUUAAAAAGAGAAUAUUAAUAAUAAUAAU